AUGAGCUCUAGAGUAUUUUGGUUUAGUCGCCAGCCAAGUGAUACAACACAGCAUAGUAGUACCUCUGGAUCCCCACAAACGUUUGACACUCCAUAUGUCUGGCGUCCCUCGAAGAGGCCGGUGCCUUUGACUACUGUUUCAUUCAAGUGUCCUGAAUGUGAAAAGCUUUUACCCUCUGAAAGGAGUCUAGCUACGCAUAAACACGCUGUACAUGUAUUAAAGCGAUAUGGCGAGGAGUGGGCACCUGACGGUGCUCGCUUACUCGGCUGUAAUGACUGUAGUAGGACAUUUGCUAGAGAGGCAGAUCUCCGUCAGCAUCGAAUCAACCGCCAUACUACUGUAGAUGUAAAAGAGUUGGGUGGUGCAGCAGUGGCUACUGUGAAAUCGUCUGCUCCUGAGAAUGUAGACUUUGAAGCUGAUACUAAUAAUGGUACUUGUGCAACACAACGAUUGCCGCAACAACGAAGAAAGCAGCGACUAUCAAGCAUAAUGGCCCUUCAACGUUCUGUACGAUUAAGCUCUGGCUAUCAUAUGCCUGCAUUAGGGCUGGGAAGUGGUAGUAUAGAUGAAGCACCAUCAGAUGAAUUCAGAACUUCCGCUGAAGAGGCUCUACGUGUCGGUUAUAGACAUAUUGAUACUGCAUGGUCCUAUCGAACUGAGGGAAAGAUCGGGAAAGCCAUCAAAUCGAGCAACGUCAACCGCUCUGAAAUUUUCAUCACUUCAAAAAUCUGGCCUACGAUGGCUGGGAGAGUCAAGGAAUCUGUUUUGAAAUCUCUCUCUGAUUUGGGUACUGAUUACUUGGAUUUGUUGUUGAUUCAUUGGCCUUUUGCUCAAAAAACACCUGCUGGAGCCUCUCCGUACGACCAGAAGCAUAUGAGUGCAGAAAAUUUGGACCGAAACAUCAGCAGAAUUGAUACUUGGAGAGCCAUGGAAGCACUAGUCGAUGAAGGUCUGGUUCGAAGCAUUGGAGUGAGCAACUUCAACAUCCGAAUGUUGAACGAAUUGAUGCCAAAAGCUCGCAUUCAGCCUGCCGUCAAUCAAAUUGAGCUUCACCCGUACUUGCCCCAACAUGAGCUGGUUGCCUUCUGCCAAAAGAAUCACAUUAUCGUGGUAUCUUAUGGGCCGCUAGGCGGCGCAUUCAAGCGUCCCGUACUGCGUGACGACCCCAAGAUCCAGGAGAUUGCCAAAAGGUUGGGUAAAACUGCCAGUCAAGUGUUGAUUAGCUGGUCGAUUCAAAGAGGAGUAGUGACCAUUCCCAAGUCACUCAACCCCAAACGCAUUGCUGAGAAUUUUCAAGACUUUGUCCUUCCAGAGGAAGACAUGAAAACUUUGAAUAACCUUACAAACCGUAAACGCUACUAUGCUGCAAACCUGCUUUGGAAGAUAGACAUCUUCGAGGACGAACAACUCAAAGCUCCACUCGCCAAGAUUUAA